AUGGACAGGUCUUCUCACUGCCAACGCUUUGUGUGGAUCUAUGGGCAUUGUUGCGUUGGCACACGGUCGUGUUUGCGAACGCCAUUCACCCAGGAGUCAGUCCUCCUGUCCUGUGGUUCUCGGACGGACGGACGGACUCACCUCUGGACCCAACCCCACCAAAGCCUGGGACAAAGGAUAGCUCCCCUAGUGGACAAACUGGGAAUUGGCUCCACAGCUCCCCCAGUGGACAAACUGGGAAUUGGCUCCACAGCUCCCCCAGUGGACAAACUGGGAAUUUGCUCCACAGCUCCCCUAGUGGACAAACGGGGAAUUGGUUCCCCAGCUCCCCUAGUGGACAAACGGGGAAUUGGUUCCCCUAGUGGACAAACUGGGAAUUGGCUCCACAGCUCCCCUAGUGGACAAACGGGGAAUUGGCUCCACAGCUCCCCCAGUGGACAAACUGGGAAUUGGCUCCACAGCUCCCCUAGUGGACAAACUGGGAAUUGGCUCCACAGCUCCCCAGUGGACAAACUGGGAAUUGGCUCCACAGCUCCCCAGUGGACAAACUGGGAAUUGGCUCCACAGCUCCCCAGUGGACAAACUGGGAAUUGGCUCCACAGCUCCCCCAGUGGACAAACUGGGAAUUGGCUCCACAGCUCCCCUAGUGGACAAACUGGGAAUUGGCUCCACAGCUCCCCUAGUGGACAAACGGGGAAUUGGCUCCACAGCUCCCCCAGUGGACAAACUGGGAAUUGGCUCCACAGCUCCCCUAGUGGACAAACGGGGAAUUGGUUCCCCAGCUCCCCUAGUGGACAAACGGGGAAUUGGUUCCCCUAGUGGACAAACUGGGAAUUGGAUCCACAGCUCCCCUAGUGGACAAACUGGGAAUUGGCUCCACAGCUCACAGAGUGGCUGUAUCUGUAUUCACAGAGAGGGGAGCCUGCUUCUGUUAGCUAGAGCUCCUUGUCCUCUCAAGAAAUACCUUUUUAAUUUGAAGACUGAAACAACACAUGCAUCAUGCUCGGAUGUGCCUUUUUAUUUAGUUUUCUAUUUUACAGAGUCGAGGCAAAAGGUGUCUAAUGCUAUUAAAAAUUUUAAAAAAUCCUGAAAAGAAAAACUAAAUACGGUUUCCUAUGUAAUGCUUAGAACAAAAGCUAUACACUAGAAAACUGUACACGUUUGUGGAUGCUGUGUAUGUAUACACAAACUAAAUAAUUUGCAUAAAAUGACUUCUCGGUUGUAUUACAUAUGCCACUCCCCCCACCCCACGUUGCCUAACUGUCCAAUGCUGCUAUGGUCAGAUAACAGGUCACUGUGUCUCUAAUUUACCUACCCCCCCCCAGGCUAGAAUCUAAACCCUGGGACUUAAACAGAAGGAAGCCAUGUCUUCCGACCCUAGCCUGGCUUGUGCUGUCUUGCCAACUCUUUUGUAUUAUUGUCACACUACGUACGUCCUGUUGUGUGUUUUUUUUUACGUCAUUAAAAGCAUGUUGUCAUGGCGUGACAAAGAAAUAGGAGUUGGCAAGACGACACAUGCUAAUUUCUCCCUCCCAGCUAGUGUAAAGGAACAAAAGGUUGUUUCCCAAAUUGCACCCUAUUCCCUAUGUAGUGCAGUAAUACCCUAUGGGCCCUGGCCAAAAGAGUGUAUGUAUGUAUGUUACUCAGGCCAGUUUAUUAGGUACACCACCCCUUUCACAAAUUACUGUGGCUUGCUAUAUAAAGCAGGCAGACAGGCAUCGAGACAUUCAGUUACUGUUGGAUUGAAUGUUAGGUCACUGGUUUUGCAGCAGUCCAUGGUGGUCCCAUUCAGCAGUCCAUGGCCCCAUCCUGCCAACAGUACAGGCUGCUGUUGUGUUUUCCUGACACAUUAGAUCCCUUUAUACCAAUUUACCGAUGGUUUGAAGCCCACCGCAGAUUCAUCCCUUCAUGGCUACGGGGGUCCGACCCGUACUAGAUGGGUGUACUUAAUAAACUGGCCACUGUAUGUUACUUGAUGAGCAGAGUUGAAGAUUGAAUUGACCAUUUAUCUGAAUGCGAGCAGAACACGCUUUGUACUGUUACGGGGGUCGGUGAAUUUUAGAUUUAAAAAUACUUCUGAAGUUAGUAAAUUCCACAUUGAAAUAUGAGAAGGGAAAAUGAUCAACCCCUACUACACACACUGUCCAUAAAUUAGCGUCUGCUAAAUGACGUAGUAUACCACUCAGAUUUAAAUGAAAUAGUUUCUAUCCAGCAGCUCUAACAUGUUAGCCCUAGCUACCUCACUGGAAAAUCAAACCAAUCUGGUACACAGAGUAUAGUGGGGGUAGGUUUAUUUGGGUUCAUAACUCAAGUUGUCAUUCCCUAGGUGAAAUGAGCUACUCUAGUUUGAAUACGUUAAAGCCCCAAAUAUAUGGAUGUA